GAGCGCGAUUCCGUCGCGCCGCGUACUUGAGGAGCCGCACGCGGCGAACAAGCGGCGGAACGGAGGGCUGAAGAAAGCGCCGAAGGAAGAAAGAGGAGGGGAGGCCCCCCCUGAAAAAAAGAUAGGACCCUCACUCGCCGAGGGGUUCGUCGGGGCGCGUUCAGUCCGUCCACGUCCGCUGCCGGGAACGCGACCGGAAGACCGAUUUUCCCCCCCUCGAGGAACCGCUUCUUCCUAUUCCCGACAGGAACUCGGCGGAAACUUCCUCCUCGUCGAACUAAGAGGCACGUCUUCCGCGGUUGCACGAAUUCCCGAAGAUCUCAAUCAACCGAUUGUUGUGAAUAUCGCGAAUCUCUCGCCGAACGAUUCCGCGUGGAUUUUGGAGAAAGUUUUACUUUCGAGAAGACAAAAUUAUCGCGAAUGAGGAACGAUGGUCUACCGCGACAAGAGGAUCCUCGGGAUCCUUGUCUUGCUCAACGUAAUCGCAAGGAUGCCGGCGAAUCAAACGGAUUCGUCCAAAACGGAUAUAGUCGAAGAAAUGGAAGAGUUUACUACGACCAAAAGGAGUCUGCCCGACAGAUGCCUUGUCAAGACAGAGCCGGGACCCUGCAAACAUUACGUUCACAAAUGGACCUUCCACAAAGCCGAAGGGAAAUGCCGAACGUUUCCUUACGGCGGCUGUUUGGGAAAUGAAAAUCGGUUUAACUCGGAAGCGGAGUGCCUCUAUUAUUGCGUCGGUGGCGCCGAUCAUACGCAACCGCCUUAUCUUGUAACGAAGGGCAGCGUAUUUGUGGCAACGAGCACCACGACAAUGAGCACUCCACCUUCGACAACCACCAGCACACCACGACCGACCUUUACGCCCCCGAAACCGACGAAGCCGCCGGUACCGAAGCACCUGCGAGGCAAGGAAUUAACGUUCAUGGAAUCUGGCCACGAGAAAACGUUUAUGUUCGCACAAAGCAACACUUUCAUCCAGCUCGAUGGCCCUGGCAUCAAAACCUUUCAACUGAGAUUAUGCCGCGAGAUAUCCUUCAAGUUUCGCACCAAGCUCCCACACGGCUUACUAGUUUAUCACAGUGUCAAAGACCGUCCAGAAAGCCUCGACGCUUACGCCCUUUACGUGAUAGUAGAGAAGGGUCAGCUGAAAGUUGUCCACGUAUUCGGCAAACAGUCCACUAGUUUGAUAGUCGGCCAAGGGCUGAACAGAGACGAGUGGCACCGCGUUCUCGUGAGGAUCGACGUGCACGGGGCAAAGUUAAUCGCCAAGGUCGACGAUAAGCAGACCGAGACUACUCUAAAAGUUUUAGAGCGCAUCGUUAAUUAUGGAGUGUCCGAAGAGCUGGCCUCGGUCGUUCUUAUCGGAGGGCUGAGUUCCGAGGAACGGUUACACGGAGUGAAGUACAUAAUAGAGUCCUUCGUCGGUUGUAUCAGGGAUAUGGUUCUGAGUUCCGGGAAAUCCGCCAGCGAUUUGCUGCCCAUUCGACCACUAAUCGCGACCAAGCACGAGAAUGUUAAGGAAGGGUGUAUCGAUAAGUGCAGGACACGAGAAAACUUAUGCUUCGUCCCUGAUCAAUGUGUGAAUCACUACAAUAGUCUAACGUGUGAUUGUUUCGGAACGAAUUACGAGGGCGAACGUUGCGAUGUGUACACCGCGACCAUACUGACGCUGAGAGGCUCCUCGUACGUGUCCUUUCGCGUGUACGAUUGGAAGGAUCGUGUUCACUCGUCUGUCAACAGGAUCAGCCUCGCUUUUAAGACAAAGUGGGACAACUCCGCCCUGUUUUACGCCUCCGGCGAAAUCGACGGCACGCCGCAUUACAUUGCAGCCUCCAUUGUAAAUGAAUCGGUGCACGUUGAGCUCGAUUUCGGACACAACUCGAAGAUCUCCACUAUGUUGGGCGAUUACGUAACGUCCGAUCAUUGGAACAACUUGACCAUAUUCCAUAACGGAUCCUCCGUCAUCGUCAGCUUAGACGACGAGGUGAAGAUACUAGAAGUACCGGGAGAAAAUUGGGAUAUGAUCAUCGACCCGGAGAUAUACAUCGGUGGCGGCCCGGAACUUCACAAGAAGAAGGGUCUUCUGUCGCACAAUAAUUUUGCAGGUUCCCUGAAGUACGUGUUCUUCAACGACAAGUCGAUCAUAUACGAACUGAAGCGCUCAAAUCCUAUGGUGCACUACAUCGGUGUGCUGGAGCCGGAAUAUUACGAGGCCAAUGUCGAGGUCAUUCCGAUCACGUAUCCUUUCGCGGGAAGUCACAUCUGGUGGCCGAUCGAACGAACCGACUCGCUCAAGUUAAACUUUGACUUUAAAAGCUCGAAGCCAGUCGCGAUCGUCGCUUCGGGAGACGUAAAGAGCAAUCGCGGCGUUGGUUACUGGGAGUUACGUCAAGUUAAUGAUGAAAUUCGUUUCCAAUUGGUACCAGUGACAACGGAGAACAUCACGGUAUCGACUUCGGUGAAGUUCCCGCCUUACAAUACCUCCUGGCACGCGGUCGAGCUUAAUUAUACGAAAGGCGAACUCAACAUCCUCCUCGAUUACAGGAAUAAGCAGAACAAGCUCUUCGCUACGACGUUCGAGUUGGGUGAUAAAGUUAUUAUAGGAAGUGGUAAAAGUAACGCGGGUCUAGUAGGCUGCAUGCGCGAGAUACGAGUGAACGGUCAAAGAAUCGAACCUAGGUACGUAAUUAACACCGAGAGAGUAGUCGGAGAAGUCGCUCUAGACAAUUGUCAAUUUGUCGAUCCGUGCAAGAGGCCGAACACUUGCGAACACGGCGGCAAAUGCUCGGUUAAGGAAGAUAGGAUCACGUGCGAUUGCACAGACACCGGAUAUAUUGGGAAGAACUGCCACUUUGCACAGUACAGAAAAACUUGCGAAGAAUUAGCUCUUCUGGGAUACACGCAAGAUGACGUUUACAAAAUCGACAUCGAUGGAAACGGCCGGUUCCCGCCCGCCUUGGUGAAAUGCGAAUUCCAGUCGAUCGAGGAUUCGACUAAAACGAUCGUCGAGCACAAUUUACCCUCCCAAGUGGACGUCAGAUCUAUCAUCGAGAGCGACUUCUCCUUCAGCAUCAAGUACAGGCAGUUCACCGCCGAAAUGCUUCAGGAGCUGAUAUCGCACUCGCUUUAUUGCAGCCAGUAUGUAAAGUACGACUGCUACAAGGCACCCUUGGAGCUGCAUAGUGCCACGUGGUUCUUGGGCUCCAAAGGUACCACCGUCGAUUACAUCGGAAACGUCAAUCGCGGAUCCUGCCCUUGUGGAAUGAACAGAACAUGCGUGAGCUCCAACUUGAGCUGCAACUGCGACGUGUCUGCCGGAACCGCCGGAACCGCCGGAAAGUGGCUGUCAGACGAGGGCUACUACGAAACACCUGAUUCGUUAGGCAUCACCGGAAUGGUGUUCUUGCAGCAGAGAGAUCUCGAGGAAGAUGCUCGGGGACGUAUUACCUUAGGACCAUUGGAAUGCGUUGAAACAAACACGCAGAAAUAUGUGGUAACGUUCACGACGUCGCAAUCGUAUAUCGAAGUGCCUGGCUGGAGGAAGGGUGACAUAGCCUUCAGCUUCCGAACAACAGGCGAGAAAGCUAUUCUUCUUUAUCAGCCGCCAAUUCGAAGCAACUAUCCCUCCUUCAUGGUCGCUCUAACGUCGGAAUAUCGUUUGACGUUUAACUUCACAUUGAAUACCGGUACCAACCGCGAAUUGCAAGUGGAAAGCCGACGGAAAAAACUGAAUAAUGGCGAGUGGCAAAAGAUUUGGAUCGACUACAACGACUAUCACGUGAGAUUCAUGAUCAACACUGACUUUCGAAUGGUGGACUUGUUUCCCGAAGAGGAGUUCGGGCCUUUCGAGGGAUCCAUGUUCAUCGGCGGUGCCACUGCAGAGCACUUGAAGACCUCUUCCGUUCGACAAGGUCUCAUCGGCUGUUUUCGCGGUCUCGUCGUCAACGGAGAAAUAUUAGACAUCCACAAUUACAUGUCGGUACAUCUGUCGGAAAUCAUCAAAGACUGCAAGCCUUCGUGCCAGCCUAAUAAGUGUCAGAACGGCGCUAGAUGCGUCGAAUUGUGGAGUAACUUCGAAUGCGUGUGUGAAAAUCAAUGGGCACACUUGGGCACUUAUUGCGAGACAAACAUCAACAACAAGGCACUGACGUUCACCUCACCGGGGGCUUUCUUGAAGAAGAACUACUUCGGGUCGGACGACAAUGAGGAAAGGUUGCAGCUGAAAAGCAUGCUGCUGGAGAAUAUUUUAAUUAAUUUAAGAACUUACGACACCUAUUCUCUGAUACUUUAUGCGAACGAUCACCUGAACAACUUCGUACACCUCUACAUCUCAAACGGCACUAAUAUCGUGUACCUUUUCAACGCCGGCAACGAGAUCAAGAAUAUCACCGUGGAAAAUCCAAAUGUUAACACGGGAAUCUCCGUGCAGAUUGCUAUAAUUCGAGGCAAGAAUUGGACCACGUUGCACGUGAACGAAUAUAACGUGACCUUGAACGCAACGCCGAUACUCCUAGACACGUAUUCGAAUAAACCUUGGACGAAUCCGGAGAAAGAAGUUCUUGCACCACAGCGGCCGCCAGCACCACCCACUGAUUAUUUCCAAGUAAAUUUAGGAGGAUUUGAUCCUGACAAUCUGCUCAGAGUCGGAAAGGCCGGGGCCUUAAUUCAAGGCUACGUUGGCUGCUUGCGAGGGCUCAUGAUCGGCAAGUAUCUCGUCGAUCUACCGAGCUUAGCCAGCGAAGCGAAUCAUGAAGGGAGCAAAGGCGUUCUGCCGAAUUGUCAGAUGAAGUGCGAUCAGAUGCCGUGUAAAAAUUUAGGAAUCUGCACGGAGGACUUCGGCCGGCAGGAGUUUUCCUGCAAUUGCGAGCUGACGUCCUACUUUGGCGAACAUUGUGCCGACGAAAAAGGCGCCGAUUUCAGCGGGGAGAGCGUACUCCAGCGCGAGUUUGAACUCGAGGGCGAGGUGAAUCAGGUGAAAGUACAGCUGGCAUUCUCCACGAACGAGCUACGACAGCGUACCACCGCGUUGCUGCUAGUACAGACUGACAACAAAAGGAGCUACUACUUGUUGGUGGCCUUGACGUCCGAGGGCCAGCUCAUCUUCGAAGAGGACAGGGACGGCUCGGCGGCUGGGGUGCGCCUGAGCGAUCGGAAUUUCUUGAAUGGUGCACGUCACAGCGUCUACUAUGUUCGCGACAACAACACGGCCACCCUUUUGAUCGACCGUGAGCCCGUCCAGUUGCUGCCAAUUCCAGGAAUACCGAUACCGGAUGAGGACGAGACUCCGGGUGCCACGGAGAUACAGCUCGGUGGAUUGAACACCACCGACUUGCGAUUUACCGCCUACAAGGGAUACACCGGCUGUCUCAGCAACGUCGUGAUAUCAAUCAAUGGAGGAGCCGAUAUGAAACCGCUAGAGGAAUACAUGCUCUUUACGAAACAGGACAGCGAGACUGUGCGGGCAACGAUACCCGCCGGUGUUAGAAGCGCUCAAUGUGCGGUCUUCCAUGUUCAACCAGGUGGUCUUGAACCGCCCAAGAACGAUAGCGUGGGCCGUGACAAAGCAUGGGUCGAGGAUCCACCGGAAAGAAUCCUGUACAAGUCGCAGUAUUCGGGCGCCACUCAGGAGGAGCAGGGUGCAGGAACGUACAUCUUCAUAGCCCUGUGUUGCGUCUUCGUGGCCGCGGUGAUCGGGUGUAUUUACGAGGUGUGGCGUAGUGCACGCAAGGAUCGUCGACGACGUCGCGACGCGGCCUCGGGAGCGGUUGCGACCGCCGCUUCCGGUUCGCAGAGGUGGCAACCGCAGCAGUACACGGAAUCCCUGGUCACCGCGACCGGCGUAAAAGCGAUCGGCUUCAAGAACGUGAUGGACGACGACAAGAGGCCGAAUGGGACCCACGUGAAAGUGCCCAAUGCCAAAGAAUACAAACCACUGCCGAACACGGAACCCAAGGACUUAAUGAACGAUAAGAAAGUUCACAUUAAAGCGGACGAAGAACCAGAGAAAAAGGAGCUCCUCGGGGUAAAUACAGGCAUCGUCAUUAAACCUGUGAAACCGAACCCAUUCUCGAUGGAAGAUCUGAGAGAAGAGCCCGAAUUGGAAGAACGCGAGGAAGAGGAGGAGGAGGAGGAAGAGGAAGAGGACACCCAGGAGCCGGAGGCGGACGAGAACAAGGAUCAGCCGCAGGAAUGUCAGCAAAAGGAACAAAAGGAAGCGAGCGAUGAUCAAGACGGCGAGCUUCUCGUUAUGCCGGUAAGAGACAAGACGGCAAGGAGAGCAUCCUUGACUGACGAAUUGGACCCAGACGAAACGCAGGCCCUCCUCGAGACGAACUUCUCCGUGACGGGGUUGAAUGAGAUCAAAACCGAGCGUAUAAUACCGAGAGCGGGUAACGCCAUGAAGAGUGCCAUGCCGAAGAGGCCGAUGAGCCUCGACCUCAACGCGCCGAUCAAGUUUCGGAAACUGCGCGGAGCAGCUCGGCCUGAGAAGGUCACGGUGAAGUUGAUCAAUGGUGACGAAGUGAGUCGCCAGUCUCGAGGCAGAGGCUACGCCGGCGUGGCGUCCGCGUAUCGCGCUCAGAACAAUUGAUUAAACUGACUGACGACAAUAAUUAAUAAUCGAAAGUAGUCCAAAGGUAGUUUCGACCAUUGUAAAUAUCGCGCUCGAGGCGAUCGUUGUUUAAUGACAAUCACAUGUAAUGUAAAUUUUACAUGUAAAUUUUAAGACGACGCGGUUCAGCAACGGUAUGAGCGUAGCAAGAUCGCUGAGUGUGGUUGAGGUGUACAAGGCUAAUAGUCAAAAGGUGCUUAACUCUGAAAUUUCUGAUAAUUAUCUGAACCGGGGAAUUUGCGAGUUAGGCACUUGUCUAUAACGCAUAGCCAUUCACAAGCUCUGGCACGCAUGAUUAUCCGUUCAAAGUCACAUUUUGUGAAAUCAAUCGAAAUCAGUGAACUCUGUACUACGGUAUAGAUAGAAAUUCAUUAUUUAAACAUAAAAUGGCACAGCAACGUAUUUUUCUACGGGGAAUAAAUGACAAUCGGUCGAUUCAGAUUCAGUAAAGUGCUUUGAGAUCGUCGCGUACCGAUUACGUUGCGUGAACACUAAUUUCCCACAGUACGUUUUACUUAUUUACGAGUUUACACAGUUAGUAAAUCAGCGUUUACGAAGAUUUGACUCAAAGUUCGGCUCGGAGCCACAUUCGGAGAGAGAAAGACACCCAAGUAACGUGUAAAGUUAGCGUGUAGUUAAGCACCUAUUUGUGUUUCUUACAUAGCACAUCGUCAGUAUUUUUGCAGUAUUGAUUAGCUGUAGGGGAAGCCAUACGUACUUAGCUCGAGCAAAAGACUAUUUUAAGACUCUAGUGCCUAUAAAAUUACUUAACGAGACGAAAGUAACAUUGAGAGUAAAUUUACAACGAAUAUAUUGAGAUAAGACGAUGAAGAUCCAUAUCUUAGAGAUACGAAGAAGAAUCGCGCAGUUUUAUUUAAGAAAGAAAAAAUGAAAAUGGAAUACUAAUUUACCGAUUCGUGUAUUUUUACGAUAGCAUUAUAUCCGAUUAUAUCUCAUGCAAUUAACUAAAAAAAAAUGUCACCAUAGCAUAGAUUUGUGUUAUUGUCAUCAAUGGCCGCGGUGUACACGGAAAAAAAAGGAUACACUGUUCAGAUAUUAUUAAAAUUAUUCCGAAUAAUUAUCGCGAGUUUGAAGAAUAAAGUAUUUUCAAUACGUAACUUAUAAUAAUUCUGUAGUUUACUUUUUGCGUGUACACCCGCGCCGUUCAGUUUGAUUUCGCUGCUUCGUGCAAUCGUACAAAGUGUGGCGUUUUGUGUGCUUUUGGUGGCGAUCACACAAAAUAAUCACAAGGCAUAAAUUCGCGAGAACCGAAUCAUCCACAAUCCACGAUCGAGCAUCUUUAAAUGUAUCGGGCAUCCUUUCAGCACAGGGAUUGGUCUAAUGUCGAGGAGAGCGUUAUACCGUUAGACUCCAUUUUAAAAGCCGAUGAAACGAAAACGUCAUGCGA